AUGGUAACUGUGUUGAUCACUGAACAACGGGGUCAGGGAUUAAAAAUGUCGAGUGAAUGCUAUUGGGAUAGCGAUACUGAUUGUUAUGCCAAUGAAACCAUUGUCACUGAUUCAUUCAUAUUUAUGAAACUUUUAUCUGUAGUGCUCUUCAAGUUGUUGAUUAUAUCGACAUUUUGUGUAAUUGAAGAUUGGGACCCGGAUCAGUUUAGAGAUGCUAAACAACUAAUAAUAUCGCGAGGAUUUGUGGCUGAAGAGCACAAAGUGGUAACACCUGAUGGAUAUAUACUAACACUUCAGCAUAUUAUCAAUCCAUAUGUUCCCAAAAGAAAACUUAAAAAGACACUGUUGUUAACUCACGGCAUACUCGCCUCAUCUACCGAUUGGCUUAUGAACAAUCACGGAUUAGCUUUUGUUUUGUCUCAAUUUGGAUAUGAUGUUUGGCUGGCAAACUGUAGGGGAACUACAUAUUCUAAAGGGCAUAUAUAUCUCGAUCAUAAAACAGAUCCUAGAUACUGGAUGUUUACAUUGGAUAAUAUAGCUUUAUAUGACAUCCCAACAAUGAUUAAAUAUGUACUCAAAUAUACGUCUAGAAAAAAGAUUUCAUAUAUAUGCCACUCACAGGGCUGUACCGUAAUGUUUGCACUAUUAUCAGCUAAGUCUAAAUAUUCAAAGAUUCUCACAGAAUUUAUAGCAUUAGCACCGGUAGUUUUUGACACCAAUACAUACGGUGCACCACUGCGACUAUUAUCUCCUCUACAAUUUGCAUUAAGAGCGGCACCGAUGGGUUUAUUACCACCCAUUCCCAUACAAUUGCAAUUACAAGGAUUUAUAUGUCGUGACAAAACUCUACGCUAUUUAUGCGGUGUUUUACUUGGAUUAGUCACUGGACUUAAUGCUCAAAAAACUGCUUAUGAAAGGUUAGGUGCAUUUGCCUCCCACUUUCCGACGGGUGUGUCCAGUUGGGUUGUCGCACAUUUUCUACAGUGGAGUGCGAGCUCUAGAUUUGCUAAAUUUGAUUACGGGUUACAACAAAAUCUUAUCAAAUAUGGACAGACAUAUCCACCAGAAUAUCCUCUUAAAAGCAUAAGACUGCCAACGAUAUCAAUAUUUUACUCAUUAAAUGAUGCCAUCUCUGAGUAUAGAAAUGUUAAAAUGAUUAAGCGAUACCUUACAGUGCCACUUUAUAGUGAAAACCUCAUAAUGGACCACAAAUGGGGUCAUUUUGAUUAUUUUGCCGCUAAAACUGUCGGCUAUAAUAUUAAUGUAAAAAUCAUUGAUUUGUUGCAGUCAACUGAAUAA